AUGGCACCCCUCACACGUUUCCAAACGGCCGGAACGCUUAUCAUUAGCGAGGCAACCUUUAUUGCAUCUGAGGCUGGGGGAUUCGAUAACGUACCAGGAAUAUGGAAUAAUAGACAGAUUGCUGCCUGGAAAAAAGUGAAGUUCCUCUGGUUCGUUCAUGGUUAUCAUCUCAUAGCUAUCCACCAGGUUGCAGACGCAGUUCAUUCUAAAGGAUCCUACAUAUUCAUGCAGUUAUGGGCAUUGGGGCGAUCCGCGCAGCUGGAGGUAUUAGAACGGGAGGGUCACCCUUACGUGUCGUCAUCGGCUUCAAUCUUGGAACGAGAAGGAUACCCGAAAGUACCGCCUCGGCAGCUAACCAGGUCAGAAAUUAAGAAAUAUGUAGAGCAUUAUGCGCAGGCUGCUCGUAACGCGGUCUUUGGAGCUGGAUUUGAUGGGGUAGAAAUUCAUGGAGCAAAUGGCUAUCUCAUAGAUCAAUUUACCCAAGAUACGUGCAAUAAACGGAACGAUGAGUACGGAGGCAGCAUUGAGAACCGUAGCCGAUUCGCCCUUGAAGUGGUCGCAGCUGUUUCAGAAGCUGUGGGAGCAAAGAACAGGAAUAAGAUUUUCGCCUUGGGGAAAGUUUCAGGAAUGCGUAUGAAGAACCCAAUACCGACAUUUGCAUAUUUGGUGUCCGAAAUCGCUCAACGACACCCGGAAUUAGCAUACCUGCACUUUGUAGAACCCGUCGUCUCUGGGCCAAACGACGCAAAGGAUCAGGUCCAUGAUGUUGGUUCAGCCACGCCAAAUACCAACGAAUUCGCCCGAGUUAUUUGGCAGCCACGUCCGUUUCUCAGUGCCGGUGGGUUUACAGCCCAGUCUGCCUUCGUAGAGGCCGAAACUAGGGAUACUGGAGUCGUAAUGGGACGAUACUUCAUCGCCAACCCCGAUCUUCCCGAGCGUCUUCGACAUGGAGUUGCGCUUACGCCAUACAACCGAAAAACCUUUUACACCCGAGGACCUGGGGCAUCGGAAGGCUAUAUAGAUUAUCCUCGCAUGGAGUCGAAAGCGAGUGUGGUUACAACGAACGCAUCGGAAGUAUCGAACAAAACAUAUGAUUACAUUAUUGUAGGAGGUGGUCUAACAGGUUUAACCGUUGCCUCGCGCUUAACGGAAGACCCCAAAGCUGAAGUCUUGGUUAUCGAAGCUGGGCGAGACGACCGAAAGGAUCGCCGAAUAUACGACAUGUUCUCGUACACACAAGCAUUUGGGACUGAUAUGGACUGGGAUUGGCCUGUUGUCGACCUAGACAAAAGGAUUAAGGGGGGAGAACAUUAG